AUGUCAAAUAAGGAAGUGAAGGCAGCACUGAAGAGUGCUAGAGAGGCAAUACGAAAUAAAGACUAUAAGGAAGCCUUAAAACAUUGCAAGGCAGUCUUGAAGCAAGAGAAGAAUAACUACAAUGCUUGGGUAUUUAUUGGCUUGUCAGCUGCUGAGCUGGAGCAGCCUGACCACGCCAAAGGAGCCUAUAUGAAGGCAAUUGAACUGGAACCAAACCAGUUACUGGCCUGGCAGGGAUUAGCAAAUUUCUAUGAGAAAUCCAACCAACCAGAUGUCAAAGGAGACUUGGCAAACGUGUACCAAAAGCUCUUGGAACUCUAUGAAAGUGAUGACAAGCAGAAAUGGUGUGAGGUAUGUAACAAGCUUGUGGAAAUAUAUCGCCAAGAAAAGAAAUACUUAGAGGUGGGUGAAACAUGGCAGAGACUAAUACAGGUGAAACAGGAACAAGGUGCAGAAAAGACAGAGCUCCAUCAGCUGUGGAAGAAGAUGAUCCAGUUACUGAAGGACAGCACAGAGAACCAGGAUAAUAAGACUGAGCAGUUGCUUUUGACUGCAUUUGAACAUGCACUGAACUCUGCAGACACUGUUCCUGGUGAGGACCACAAAAAUCUUUACAAGAACUUUAUUGAGUGCUUGUCAAAGUUUCCUCAUGAAACAACUAGGCUGGAACAGGCCUGCAAUGAUAUGAUAGCUUUGUAUCCUACCAUCAGUUAUCCUUUAGAAGUACUUUGCUUGCACUUUAUUCAGUCAGGUACUUUGUCAGAAGAAGCCCUGCACUGUGUUUCUCAGCUUUUGGAGGUGGAUGCAAGCAGUGGCCCAGGCAUCAUAGGUCUUGGUAUCAAAUGCUUCCAGGAAAAGAAAUACAAGGAAGCUGUUAAGAGUCUUACAGAAGGUUUGCAGAAGACAAGCCAGUGCCCAGCAGCGUGGUGUUACUUGGCAGAGGCACAGAUGAAGAUUCACAAGCCCAAGGACACUGUCCUGUCCUGCAAACAAGCUCUUGAAGCUUUUGGAACUCCCAAGGGUUCUAGUCUUCGGUGGAAAAACCUUAUCCUUCAGUUGAAAGCAGAAGCUUUGAUUAAAAUAGCCACUGCUGAUGCUGCUGAAGAAGCCAUUAAAACCCUUGACCAGAUUGUGGAUGGGAGCAGUGAUCCAGUGGUUUCAGCUAUCAGAGCUCGGGCUUAUCUAAGCAAAGGUUUAAUGGAUCAGGCUUCCAAGAUCUCACACGACCUUCUGCUGUCCCACCCUGAUCUGGCUGAGUCCCAUGCUCUAGAGGGUUUCAUCCAUUAUUCCCAGAAGAACUAUGAGCAGGCAGAAAAAAGUUUUCUAAAUGCUAUUGAAAGAAAGGCUGAAACUGCAGAGUAUCAUCAGUACCUGGGGCUCACAUACUGGUUCAUGAGUGAUGAGACAAAAAAAGACAAAGGAAAAGCACACACUCAGUUCUUGAAGGCUGCAAAGCUGGACAGCUGCUUGGGAACUGCCUUUCUCUACCUGGGUCACUACUACCGAGACGUGGCUGGAGACAAAAGCAGAGCUUGUGGCUGCUAUAAAAAGGCUUUUGAGCUAGAUGGAGCUGAUGAAGAAGCUGCAGCAGCAGCUGUGUACUUGAGCGAGGAACUGGGAGACAUGGACACUGCUCUGUCAAUCCUGAAGGAAGUAACUGACAAGCAGAACACCAGUAAGGCAAAGUGGGCCUGGUUUCAUCGUGGACUUUACUACCUGAGGAUUGGGCAGCCAGAAGCAGCAGUGCAUGA